UUCAUCUUCAAAAUUUCUGUAUAAAUGGAAAACCAAAUAAUUCCAGCGGAAUCUGAAAAGGUGCUCACAGUGGUAAACGAUUUUUUAGAAAAAACAGACGUAAAAAGAGAAGAAUCGGUUGCAACAUACAUAUCUACUGAAAAAAAAUUGUAUGAAACAAAGGUUAUAACGCUUACAGAAGAUGUAUUUGGAGUUUUUAUGGCCGAAAAUGGAUCUUGUCAAACUGUGAAGCGAUUUACCUGGACAAAUCACAACAAAAUUCAAGUAUCUGUUAUCAAUUAUGGAGCUCGAAUAAUUUCUAUAAAAAUGCCUGACCGAAAUGGUAAAUUAGAGGAUAUAGUGCUUGGGUUCUCUGAUCUCGCAGGUUAUAUGUUUUAUGCACAUCAAUAUUUUGGAGCAACUAUCGGUAGAGUAUCUGAUGUCAUCAGGCAUGGUACAUUUGUGCUUGAUAAAAAGCAAUAUUGGCUUUCGCAGAACAUGGAGGGUCACAAUUUUAACAGUGGUUUUGACUCAAUAGAUCGUGCAGUUUGGUCAGUUUAUGUUAAGGGAAAAAAAGUAAUAAUGAGUCACAUCUCCCCACAUUUAGACAAUGGUUUUCCGGGUGAUUUAUUAAUUAGAGUUGCUUUUGAACUUUCAAAUAAAAAUGAAUUUAACAUUAAUAUGGAAGCACAAACUACUAGUCCCACAAUCGUGAAUUUGUCAAACCUAACAUACUUUAACCUUGCUGGUCAUCAUGCUGGUCCAGAUCAAAUUUAUAAACAUGUAUUGGCACUGAAUUGUAACUGUUUUACACCCAAAAUUAACGACUUACCCACUGGUGAAAUUCUAAAUGUUGUGUACACUAAUUAUGAUUUUCAAAUGCCUAAAGUAUUAGGUCGCCGUAUAGGGCUUCGUGCCAAAGAUGGAUAUAAUCAAAAUUUGUGUGUAAAUCGGGGUGUCGAGCAAGAUAUAUGCUUUGUUGCAAGAGUCCUCCAUCCGCCAAGUGGAAGAAUGUUAGAAGUUUACAGUAAUCAACCUGGAGUUAAUUUUUCUACUGCAAAUAAUUUUGGUUUUGGUGAGCGAUGGAAUAUUUCUCAGAUUAUGCCGAAACCAAAAUCACAAACCAAAACACCAAACGAACUAGAAGAAAAACUGUUAUUAUUCGCUAAAAUUCAUGAGGAACUGUUUGAUUCGUUAAAAAUAGAUAGAAUGAGAAAUUUCGAACAACUUCUAAAUCUAAUAGUAAAAAUUGAGGUAAACGAAAAUGUCGAUCGCGCUAAUUCUCGAUUGAAUCUGACAAAAUUUGAAAUUACUCCUCUUCAAAAGAAUUAUCUUAAAUCUAUUUAUAACUUUGUUUCUAAAGAAGAAUAUCCGAGUUGUAGAAAAUUACAAGAUACUAUCGGAAAACUUCUUUCAGUGGCUCAUGUGAUAAAUGAUGAUACACCCGUCACAAUAUCAACUGAAGAUGACACUAAUAAAGAAAACAGAAAAAUUCAAAAUUUGAAAAAGAAACAAGAACAUAUAAACAAAGUACGAGAAAAACUUAAAGCUCGUUUAAAUCACGUACCACCAUGGUAUAAAAAUCCUGAUCACAUAAUAGGAAAGGACGGUGCUAAAUAUAAAGCACAUAGUGGCAUUGCACUGCAAUCACAAAACUAUCCGGAUGCAAUAAAUUUUCCAAAUUUUCCUAAUUGUGAGUUAAAUCCAGGAGAAACUUACAGGCAUAACAUUACGUACAAACUUUGGAUAAAGGCUGGAAAUCCUCAUAAAUGGAUGAAAAGAAAUUUUCGUUAACUUUUCGUUUAUCUGUGAAUUUGAUAUAAAUAUAAAUAUUUAAAUAUG